CCGAGGAACCAGUAGCAAGAUCCAAUUGCGCGCCAAGGAAGUGAAAUUUGGGGCGGCAUCAUGAUGGAGUUGACACGAAGCUUCCCGAGGGACAUGGAGGUCCGUCUUCACGGCCGCGGCAUUUGACUGGAAGUUUGUAUAUGCACAUCUACUUUGAAUUUGGUCCAAUAAGUCAGCUUCCAUUUGGAGAAACCAACGCUACUACGCUGACACGAUGGACCAGCAACUUGUCUUGGUGUGUCUGCUCGUGGGCACGGGGAAGAAGGAGAACCCGUUCGUGGUGGCUGCAGGCGCGACGGACCUCGUCGGCCAGGUGAAGCAAGUCAUCUUGAAGGAGAAACCGCGAACGUUCGAGUCGAUCGAAGCCGACGAGUUGGUGCUGUACCGAUGCCGCAACCAAGACCCCCUUGACUUGAACAUCCUUCAGAAGCUGGAAAAGCCGGGGGCGCAGGUCGUGCUGCAGAUGCAUGUAGGCGGCCUUGUCGAGGAGAUGACCGUGUUCUCCAAGCUGCGCAAGUACUUUGAAGUGCCGCCAGAGGACGAGCGUAUCCACGUGCUGGUGAAGCUUCCCCUUCAAGCGGUGCCCAAGGUCGCUGCCGCGCGCGCCGCCCGCGGUAUCACGAUGGACAAGAAGCUGACUGCUAAACAACUGUUGCUCGACGACGACAAAGACAAGGCUGCCGCGAUGUCGUCGACGUCGUUGGCGGCACGCCAGGCGGCAGCCUUGUCAGUGGCUCAAUCGCCGUCGGCGACCAUGGCGCUCCAGGAACCCAAGAAGCGCGGGGCGGGGAAGCGGCUCACGGACAAGGAGCGCAUGGAAAUCCUCAACGUGAUCGACUCUGGCGCCAAGAUCACCCACGUGGACCUGGCGCUGCGGUACGGCAUCUCCGAGUCAGCGAUCCGCAAGUUGCGCAAGAACAAGGGCGAGGUCCAGAAGCGGUACCUUCUAGGCAACAAGCACGUGCGGGACCUGCGGCAGCGCGGCUCCAAGCUCGGGAACGCCGCGUUCGAAGACGAGCUGUACCGGCUCAUCUUUGAGAUGCAGACGCACGAGUCCCGACUCAGCUCGACGUUUGUGCGGAAAAAGGCGCUGGAGAUCGCCCCCAAGUACAACAUGGUGUCGUUCAAAGCCAGCGCCGGAUGGUACCGCCGAUUCUGCUCGCGCUACCACUUGAAUGCCAACACGGGCGCGUUGCACCUGCAGUCGCUCGUCGACGACUCGGACGAUCCGUCGUCCAUGAUGCAGCAGAACCUCAUGCAGAUGCACAUUGAAAGCAUGAACCACGCCCACCUCCAUGCGCAUCAUCACAUGACAGUCCAUGAUGUGGUCGGCGAUGACAUGGCGGACGCCGCCGCCGACGUGGCCGAAACGAUCAUUUAAUAUAUUGUCCUUUUACCCAAUAUAUUUGGCUGACUUUUGUGCUGAUUCGCCAACUUAUCGAUCGAUCGAUU